AUGCGGAUACCGCAGAAGAAAGGCAUCUUUAGGCUGCCCUCCGGUUAUAAGACACACUUCAAUGCUGCAGAAACCGUUACCAAAGGACAGCUGGAGUCCUGUCUCCGGUCUCUAGAGUCACGACCCCAGUGGUGGACUUCUUAUAGUAAUAGUAGACAGAACGCUGUGGUUAUAUGCCAAGCCGCCCGAUUCGAGAACGAGAGGGAGGAAAUCAUCGCACUCCACCGAUCUAUUAUUGAAGGUUCAAUCAAACUUGACCGUGGCCUUCAGGAAGCAUUGAAAGAGGCCGCAGCUGGAUCUCUCCGAUAUAAAGAAUUCAUACAUGCAGUUGAAGACAUGAGGAGCAAGCUGGUAGAUAGCAUGGAGGAGACAGAGCUGCAUUUCAAAACAACGUUCGAGAAAUUGGUCCUCGACAUGAGCGCCUACGUUAGCUCGAUUAUAGAGCCUAUGGUUUCUGCUAUAAGGGGUCUACAUGGCAGUGCAGAGUCCCUCGACAGGAAUAUAGCAAACGCAGUUGAGGAUGUCAGCAAGUUACAACACAUAUUGAAGCUCUUUCACGAGGAAGGAACAGCAUGGAGUCAACAACAGGCGCUGACUCGACAGCAGGAUGCUCUCUCAAUGAGUGAAUUGUUUUCUUCUUUGCAUUUUAACCUGGAUACACUCCUUCAAGGUGACAUGGAAAAGCUGUCUAACAAAGUAGAAAACUUUAAUUCUGCCCUAGAAUGGCUUGCUGGCAGGUUUGCUCAGAUACUCGAACAAGAGCAAGAUAUAUCCAAGCGCCUGAGUGAUGUUGAAUCUGCCCUUACCGGGUCUCAGAUGAUAGCUGAGGACCUGCGCAGCGCUCAGCUGGGGCAGACUGAACUCCUAGAGCAUCUUCUGACAAAUAUGCGGAUUGCCCAAGCACUUGCCGAUAAGCAAACGGCUGCAGCUGCGAAUCUGCAGGCAAUGGUCGACGACGUGGCAGAACGAUAUAGAGAAGUACCUGCAUUUAGAGGUCUCUUCGGCUCAUACCCUGCACAGACCGUGUAUAGCCUUCUAGUUGGCUUUGUUGGUGCCCAAAGCCUCAAGGCAGCCACAGUGUUACUUGUUGUUGCUAUUUAUCAUAUCGCUACCACGAACAUGCUUUGA